AUGCUGGCGGCGGGGUGGCGAAUACAGGUGGCAGGCUGUGAGUGCGCCCGAGCGGGUGGUGAGGCAGCAUGGAGUGGUAUGGGAAUGGGGUGGUAUGGAGUGAUGCAACGGAAUGGGAAGGUAUGGGGCGGUGGGGCGGCGGCAUGCAGGGGUGGUGUGAGAUUUAACAUGCGAAGAUUCGCCAAUGCCACUGUGACUCUCUUUCACCGCGUUCCUCAGAAGCGCUCUAGCCCCCGCGGCUGCACCCCCUGCGUCCAACCCUCUCCGGCCUUCGCUGGCAGUCAAGCUGUUCCGCAGGUGCUGGCGGCAUGGGGGCAGCUUGGGGGCGGCUGGCAGGCGUGGUCGGGCAGCAGUGACUGCUCAACCGUGCAGGGCGUCACGUGCGACGCUCAUGGCAAGGCAACGUUGUCUCCCUGGUACGUGAGGCAUGUGAAUGCUGCUCCAGCGCAUGUGAGUGCUGCUCCAGCGCAUGUGAGUGCUGCUCCAGCGCAUGUGAGUGCUGCUCCAGCGCAUGUGAGUGCUGCUCCAGCGCAUGUGAGUGCUACUCCAGCGCAUGUGAAUGCUGCUCCAGCGCAUGUGAGUGCUGCUCCAGCGCAUGUGAGUGCUGCUCCAGCGCAUGUACCAGUGCUGCUCCAGCGCAUUGCUGCUCCAGCGCAUGUGAGUGCUACUCCAGCGCAUGUGAAUGCUGCUCCAGCGCAUGUGAGUGCUGCUCCAGCGCAUGUGAGUGCUGCUCCAGCGCAUGUGAGUGCUGCUCCAGCGCAUGUGAGUGCUGCUCCAGCGCAUGUGAGUGCUGCUCACGCGCAUGUGAGUGCUGCUCCAGCGCAUGUGAGUGCUGCUCCAGCGCAUGUGAGUGCUACUCAAGCGCAUGUGAAUGCUGCUCCAGCGCAUAUGAGUGCUGCUCCAGCGCAUGUGAGUGCUGCUCCAGCGCAUGUGAGUGCUGCUCCAGCGCAUGUGAGUGCUGCUCCAGCGCAUGUGAGUGCUGCUCCAGCGCAUGUGAGUGCUGCUCCAGCGCAUGUGAGUGCUGCUCCAGCGCAUGUGAGUGCUUCUCCAGCGCAUGUGAGUGCUGCUCCAGCGCAUGUGAGUGCUGCUCCAGCGCAUGUGAGUGCUGCUCCAGCGCAUGUGAGUGCUGCUCCAGCGCAUGUGAGUGCUGCUCCAGCGCAUGUGAGUGCUGCUCCAGCACAUGUGAGUGCUGCUCCAGCGCAUGUGAGUGCUGCUCCAGCGCAUAUGAGUGCUGCUCCAGCGCAUGUGAGUGCUGCUCCAGCGCAUGUGAGUGCUACUCCAGCGCGUGUGAAUGCUGCUCCAGCGCAUGUGAGUGCUGCUCCAGCGCAUGUGAGUGCUACUCCAGCGCAUGUGAGUGCUGCUCCAGCGCAUGUGAGUGCUGCUCCAGCGCAUGUGAGUGCUGCUCCAGCGCAUGUGAGUGCUGCUCCAGCGCAUGUGAGUGCUACUCCAGCGCAUGUGAGUGCUGCUCCAGCGCAUGUGAGUGCUGCUCCAGCGCAUGUGAGUGCUGCUCCAGCGCAUGUGAGUGCUGCUCCAGCGCAUGUGAGUGCUGCUCCAGCGCAUGUGAGUGCUACUCCAGCGCAUGUGAGUGCUGCUCCAGCGCAUGUGAGUGCUACUCCAGCGCAUGUGAGUGCUGCUCCAGCGCAUGUGAGUGCUGCUCCAGCGCAUGUGAGUGCUGCUCCAGCGCAUGUGAGUGCUGCUCCAGCGCAUGUGAGUGCUGCUCCAGCGCAUGUGAGUGCUACUCCAGCGCAUGGGAAUGCUGCUCCAGCGCAUGUGAGUGCUGCUCCAGCGCAUGUGAGUGCUGCUCCAGCGCAUGUGAGUGCUGCUCCAGCGCAUGUGAGUGCUGCUCCAGCACAUGUGAGUGCUGCUCCAGCGCAUGUGAGUGCUGCUCCAGCGCAUAUGAGUGCUGCUCCAGCGCAUGUGAGUGCUACUCCAGCGCGUGUGAAUGCUGCUCCAGCGCAUGUGAGUGCUGCUCCAGCGCAUGUGAGUGCUACUCCAGCGCAUGUGAGUGCUGCUCCAGCGCAUGUGAGUGCUGCUCCAGCGCAUGUGAGUGCUGCUCCAGCGCAUGUGAGUGCUGCUCCAGCGCAUGUACUGGCUAUGCCCCAGGGGCGCGUGUGGGUGGGAGGCACUAGUGAGAGUGAGAGUGCUGAACAAAUGAGAGGGAAGAGUGUGACGAGGGCGGAUGGGAAAGCAGCGUGUGGAAUGCUGUCUUGUCAUGUGUGCGUGCAGUGCGGCAGAUGGGACGCACCAUCAACGUCCCAGGCAUCCCUCUCCUCACCUCAGUACAUUGCCCCAUCUGUAGUCCUUCCACGUCUCCCCUCCCUCUCCCUCUCCUAA